GUUCUCGCAGUUUCAUCGUCCCCUGAUAUAGCCGGCGAGUUUCAGUUGCUCCAUAAACGUGUUUAGGACAGCUUCGUCCGGAACUAUCUGACUGCAGACUAAAACCAGUGCGGUGGCUACGCGCCUAGAUAUUUCAAAACUUUUUUUUUUACAUUCUUUUUCUUUUCUGUUUUGUUUUCUUUUCUUCCUUUGAUUCCAACGUCCAAACGCCGGAAGGUGUUGGCUCUUCGCCAAACGGUAAGGAAAUGAACGAGAAAUGACUUGAACGUUAGAUGCGUUCUAGUAUUUCUCACCGUCAGAAUCACCGCGAUAGCAAGAGCGAACGGUUCUUCGAUUUCAAUUAGCGCAAUCGAUAUUGUGCUAUGGAGUCCGGGAUGCGAUGAUUCGUGCGCGGAACGAAUGAUCUGUAAAAUCGGUAGAAAAAUUUACUAACAGAAAAGAGAAAGAGAGAGAGAGAGAGAAAGGAAAAUAAAAAAAAAAUAAAGAGAGAGAAAUUAGGAAAACAGUAACGAUCACCGAGGAAUCUACUGUACACGGUGCCUUCGGAGUGUUUGACAACGGCUUACAACUAUUAACGGGUUACGAUCAUUAUUGACUGUAUGUAACGACGCACGUAUUGUACAAUCUAAUGUCUGUGUGAGGCUAUUUAAAACUAUUACACUUCAAACUUCGACUCCGAUAUAAACAAUAUGUCGGACAGCGAGGAUGCAGGAAGUGAUGGGAGCCAGCAGCGAUUGCACCGUCCGAGUCUCUCGAGAAAAAUGCGGAGGAGCAUCAGGAAGGUCAAGAAAAGCAUCCAAAAAAUGACAGUGGACGACGGUGAGGAGGAAACUAAGCCAAUCCAUGUGGUACCGGAACGGUUGUCAGCCCUGUCGAUCCGCACUGGUUUUUCAAGGAAUGAGAUCUGCAAGAUUUACAGAGCUUUCAAGCAGCAUUGUCCGGGGGGUGCCGCGACCCCAAACGACCUGAGGCCGGCUUACGCGAAGCUUUUUCCACUUGGAGAUUCCACUAAGUACGCUCAAGUAGUGUUCAACACCUUCGAUACGAACAAAGAUGGUCUCGUCAGCUUUGGCGACUUUUUGACUGGGCUGUCCCUGAUCGUGAAAGGAACCGCUGAGGAGAAGUUGUCCUGGAUUUUCGGAUUAUACGACAUGAACGGCGAUGGUCACAUAACUAGGCACGAAAUGUUGUUCAUAGUGUCGGCAAUAUACGAGAUGGUGCGAACAAGCCAAACCAUCCAACGCGCGGUGAACAGACACGUCGAUAGACUUUUUGAGAAAAUGGAUCUGAACAAGGAUGGCGUCAUAUCUAGGGAGGAGUUCAUGACGUCAUGUAUAAAUGACCAAAGUAUAUGCACCCAGCUGACGGUCUUCGACGAUCUUUGGUAACAAUCUAGUGUUAAUAGUAUUAAUCGAUCAGACUUUUGUUUAAUAUGCAAUAACGUACUCACUGCUCGUUUGCAGAUCGCUAUACAAUAUAUUUAUUCACUAACUCCGGGGUUAUAACCUGGACAAUGCACGUAUAAAUAUUAGGUACAUAAUAUGCUAAAAUUGAUGCUGUAACAUCAAAUUACAAGCAAG